UUUCCUACCCCUGCGCACACAUACUCUGACAUUCACACAUUUCAGAUACACACUCUGCUACAAAGACCUCACUUUCUCUGUCUGACACUGCUAAUUAUCCAAAUACCAAACACACACAUGCACACGGCGCACAUACACACACACUCUACUGUGUGUGUUCUUGCUCGAUGGUGUUCCAAUGAGGCGUUUCUUUGGGCUGGUGUUGGAGCGACUGGUGUUUGUGUCUAAAAACCUCAAACUAAGUCAAUGCAGGAAACAGAAGAAAAAGAAGAAGAAGAAGAAGGUCAGAACCACCAAAACCAAACCCUCGGUGAUCCUGACAGUUUACCUCAAUGACACGCAGCAAAUGCUAACUGAGGUCCCAGUUACUCCGGCAACCAGAGUGAUUGACGUGGUCGAGUACUGCAAAGAAGCCGGCGAGGGGGAGUGUCACCUGGCUGAAGUAUGGAAUGGACAUGAGCGCGUUCUCCCUCAGGAGGUGUUAUUGUUGGAUCUCCUCCAGCAGUGGGGAGCCAGGAGGCCAGAGGUCAGCUUCUACCUCAGACACUGCCCGUCCUGGACACAAGGAAGUCUGCAGCCUUUGGAGCAGAGCUGGACCACAGACGCAACAGAGAGUGCUAAUGACAGGGUUCCCCGUGUGGAGCUGACCCUCUCCGAGCUGCAGGAAAUGGCCACAAGACAACAGCAACAAAUUGAGGCUCAGCAACAGAUGUUGGUCGCCAAGGAGCAGAGACUGAGGUAUCUUCACCAGGGAGGCAGAUCUAACCAGGGACAGACACAGUCUGAGGCUGAGAAGCUGCAGCGACUGAAGGAACGAGUGGAGACUCAGGAGGCCAAGCUGAAGAAGAUCCGAGCCAUGAGGGGACAAGUGGACUACAGCAAGCUGAUCAACGGGAACCUCUCUGCAGAGAUCGACCAUGUCAGCAGUCUGUUCCAGGAAAAGCAGGCCGAGCUGCAGUCUGCUGUGGUCAGAGUCGACCAGUUGACGCAGCAGUUGGAGGAUUUAAGGAGAGGACGCCUCCAGCUGCACAAUGUUGCACCAGCACAGGGGGGAACCACUGUAUCCCAGGGGGCACCCACAGGUCAGAAAGGAUCCCCCCUGUCUGGUCCAGCAGCCCUAGAACUGAGGAAACUCUACCAGGAGCUGCAGGCACGUAACCGUCACAACCUGGAGCAGAGCAGCAAGUUGGCUCAAAACAAGGAACUGCUGAACAAGAGGAACGCCCAGGUGACAGUGAUGGACCAAAGGAUUGGAGACCUGAGAGAACGGCUGCACAAGAAGAGAGCAGAGCUCAGUCGUAUGAACGGAGGAGGCCUGCCCUCUCCUCAGACUGCCUCUCACCCAGGAGGUGGAGUCUCAGGACGGGUAGCGGCUGUCUGUCCCUACAUCCAGGUCCCAGCGGAGGGGAGACAGGAGGCGGGCUACCCCCUGCCCACUGACCCACCUCCCAAACCCACCCCGCUCAGCCACAUCCGCUCCCUCUCAGAGGAGGAAAGGAGUGGCAUCAGGAAGCCUCCCAGCCAAUGGAAAGUGUCAGAUUUAGACAUCGUCCUGUCAGAGCCCACAGAGACGUGGGAGGGACCUCGGUCCCCUCAGGCGGGCGACAGUAACAACACUAAUGAAGCGUCAUGGCCUAGCAUCAGUAAGAGUGUGUCAGAUUGGAGGACCAACAGCCCAGAACAGCUUCCCUCUGGUUAUGGUACCUACCCCAGUGCCACCCACCAGGCGGCAGGGCACCACUGUGCCACCAGCUCCCUGCCCCGCUCUGCCCCUGGUACACUGGGCUGGCCCCGAUCCAGCCCUGCAAAUGCCACCUCAUCCUCCGCUUCGUCAUCCUCCUCUUCACAACAAAUACAGCAACGGAUUUCUGUCCCACCAAAUUCAAGCCAAGGCUCCACCUCCCAGCCAUCUCCCUUGUCCCCACAAACAGAGAGAACAGAUCCCCCUCCAGCAGUGGCCGUGCGUCCCUACGUCCCAGACCACCCCUCCAGGCCCCAGUCACCCAGGAAGGGCCCCGCCACCAUGAACAGCAGCUCCAUCUACAGCAUGUACCUCCAGCAGCCUCAGGCCAAAAACUAUGGAUCUCUCAGCAACAGGACCACCGUCAAAGCAGUCUAUGGUAAACCCAUCCUCCCCACCUCCUCUUCCUCUCCGUCCCCUGUCCCUUUCCUCCAGGGAGGAGGAGGAGUAAGAGCAGGAGGAGAGGAUGUUACAGAUAAAGACGGAGGGAGAGGAGGAGGCGAGAGCAGCGAGGGGCAAAUUCUCCCACCCCCCACUGUGGACAACAUCCCUCGUCCCCUCAGUCCCACUAAGCUCACCCCAGUUGCUCACUCCCAGCUACGCUACCAGAGCGAUGCCGACCUUGAGGUUCUCCGCAGGCGUCUCAGCAAUGCUCCACGACCCCUAAAAAAACGCAGCUCCAUCACUGAACCUGAGGGCCCACAGGGGCCAAACAUCCAAAAACUAUUGUACCAGAGGUUCAACACUUUGGCGGGAGGCAUGGAAGGAGUCUCAGGCAACACCUUCUACCAACCUGACUGCCUUUUGGGUGAAAUGGACAACAUCCAUUCAGCAAAUGGGAAUGUAGAACCUAGCGACAAGCAAGCCAGUGUGGCUACUGCAGAGGGCGAAGUUCAAAACCUGAACUCGGGCUCCCGACGCUUGUCUCCUCCUUCUGUUGCCAUAGAAACACCCAAAGAAACAACAGCAAAAACAGAAAGUACCAAUAAUGUGUCUCCACCACCCCAAACCAGCCCAUCCCCUGUACCUGAUAGGCCAGAGGACCAGAACAAUAACAACCAGAGAGGAUCAAGUCCCGGACACAACUCUGUAGGCCACGCCUCCCCUUCACCAUCACCUCCUGCCCCUCCUUCACAGCCUAAGGUGAAGAGAACAAACCUGAAGAAGCCAGCAUCUGAGCGAACAGGCCACGGUCUGAGAGUGAAGUUUAACCCUCUCGCUCUGCUGCUGGAUGCAUCAUUAGAGGGCGAGUUUGAUCUGGUGCAGAGGAUUAUAUAUGAGGUGGAAAAUCCCAGCAUGCCUAACGAUGAAGGCAUAACUCCUCUCCAUAACGCUGUCUGCGCCGGCCAUCACCACAUUGUGAAGUUCCUGCUGGACUUCGGAGUGAAUGUAAACGCAGCCGACAGUGACGGAUGGACCCCUCUGCACUGUGCAGCUUCAUGUAACAGUGUGCACCUCUGUAAGAUGCUGGUGGAGUCAGGCGCCGCAAUUUUUGCCACAACGAUAAGUGACGUGGAAACAGCAGCAGAUAAAUGUGAAGAAAUGGAGGAGGGCUACACACAGUGUUCUCAGUUCCUCUAUGGCGUACAAGAGAAGUUGGGUGUGAUGAACAAAGGCUUGGUGUACAGUCUGUGGGACUACGCGGCCCAGCAGCCCGAUGAGCUGUCCUUCAGCGAGGGUGACGCCCUCACUGUGCUGCGUCGGCGUGACGACACUGAGACGGAGUGGUGGUGGGCACGACUAAACGAUCGUGAAGGAUAUGUACCAAGAAACCUGCUGGGGCUGUAUCCAAGGAUCAAACCCAGACAACGCUCGCUGGCGUAAAGCCCAGACCAGGAGCCACGUGCACGCUCGCAGAGGGCGCGUGCACACAGAGAAGAAGAGGAGCAGCAGCAGGAUGUGGGCGAAAUUGUUAGUAGAGAGAGAGAGAGAGAGAAACAAAGGAUGGAGGUAGUCGGGAGGCAGGAAGACGAGCUCACACAACUCUGAUGAAGCAACUUUUUUUUCCUGUUCUGUUUGGAUGCGAUGCUGGAACCACGGAGCCAUGUUACGGUAGAAGCCUAAUAUAUU